GAUGUGUGGACGCUGGCGCCUUUGUUCGUUCCCUCGCGUCGUCGUCUUUGGCCGCCGCCGCCUCCUUCUACCUCAGCCCAGCCCAGGAGGACCGCGGGAGAGAUUCCUCGUUGAUUCGCUCCGAGGUGGUCCGCCGUCCGCCUCGUCUCAGAUUCUCAGGCGUCUCAGAUUCUCAGGGGCUCCCCGGCCUCUCAGUCUCAGCAUCCAUCCCUUGUUCCUGGCUUCCACCUUCUGGUAUGCUCACUACCUUGUGGGUUCGUCAGAUUGCGCAUCUGCCCAAGUGCGCAAAUUCAAGGGUAGCCUGUGCCCCUUCCUUCCUUGCUGUCACGCAGCCACCUCUCCAAUUUAGUUUGGUUCACAGGGCAUCCUUCAGCUCCCAACACAGCCAGUUUACAAGAAGCGCUGCAGGUCCUCUUAUGGCUGAAAGGGAGUUGAUUGGCAAGGAUAAGCUUGUGCUUAGAGGUUUGCAGUUUCACGGAUUCCAUGGAGUGAAACAAGAAGAAAAGACACUGGGCCAAAAGUUCGCUGUAGACGUCGAUGCUUGGAUGGAUCUGAGCAUUGCUGGUGAAACUGACAGCAUAUAUGAUACAGUCAGUUACACAGAUAUUUACAGAAUUGUCAAGGAUGUGGUUGAAGGACCAUCUCAGAAUCUUUUGGAGUCAGUGGCUCACCGGAUUGCAAGUGCCACAUUGCUCAAGUUCUCUCAAAUAUCUGCUGUACGGGUUGAAGUUAAGAAACCUCAUGUUGCUGUACAAGGAAUUAUCGACUAUUUAGGUGUUGAGAUAGUUAGGUAUAGAAAGGACAUGGCAGGAAUUUCACCAUGAGCUCCACUGCACUAGCAUUCCGAGGAUGGCAUGUCCAUGUUCAAUCUGUCAAUGGCGCUGACUGCUCAACAUUGCGUUCCUUCAGAUGUAUAUACUGCAACAAUUCGUACUGAAUGUUGCUCUCAGAAGCUGUUCGGCUCAAAAUUGAUCUAGUUUUAUUGGAAUUGAAGUAGGCAAUUAAGUUUUUCCUCAAAGCUUGGAUGGAGAUGAAAUUCCGGCAUUGGAUACUUAUUAUUAGCUCGGUUGAUAUUUUCCAUAUUGCACCUUCCUUCCCAGAUGUCUGGUCUGCAGUUCUGUAAAUUUUGUACCAUUCUAUCAAAACUAUGAGCAAAUUUGAGCUGUCAUGUUGGACCCAUGUAAUAAGCUCAAAUUUAUUUACUGACAUCAGAAAUAUCAAUGGCUAUAAAACUUUCUUGUACUUAUGAAACCUCCAUGAAACUUCUUGCAUUGGGAUUUCCUUGGCUGUUGCGCCUUGGCUGUGAUACCUACGAAGUGCCUCCAGCAAUGUUCCGUUGGCUAGUUCCCCUUUUUUAUUGAAUACAGAUACACAGACUGAGCCAAUAAUAUCCUGUGGAAACCACCAAAGUCUUCUGAAGCAGGAGGAAAGUGACGUGGACAGUUGGAUUAGGUGAUCCUUACCUUUCUGGUUCCCCAUAGGCUCUCAAGGACAGGCUGCCUCUCCAUCCUUUUAGUUCCUUGCUUCGUCUCUACUCCUAAUCCUGAUUAAUGCCUUGCCUCUUUUUUGUACUCUCCUGCUGAAGCUUUCUGAAACCACUACAUCACUAUUUGUUUCUAUCUAACAUUUUGGGAGCACCGAGCUCUUCCAGCUUGCCGGGACGGAGUCUUCAUCAGGGCGCUUUCUUCACCACAGGCAGAGCAAUGGCGCCGGCAAAUGGUGAUGCUGCCGGACCAAGUUCCAGCCAGGAUGGCUUGGUAGCCACCAUGAAGAAGCGCAACAAGCCUCAGUGUAAUCUCUCCUCAUAUAAAGAAGGGAAAUUCUGUUUUUUUUUCUCCAUCUGGAGUUGCUGUAAUUUGAGGACUGGGAUGUUUGCUCCCAUGAACAGGAUGUAGGAGCCUACCUUGUUUUCUUACAGAUUGUCACCAAAUAAGGACUUGAUGUGCUGCAAACUGGAAAACUGCCUUUCUGUUUCUAGGAUUAGAGGAUCGUGAAUUCGUUAUUCAUAAAGCUAGAAGUAGCCUUAAAGUAAUUUAUUUAAUGGUGUUAUCUUAGUGGUUUAAAUUUGAAACAAGUACUUAUCUCAGUAUAUUCUGUUGAUUAUGAAGAUCAUCAGUUUACUCAGCAGCAGCUUCCAGCUUGCAAGCCUAUACUGGCGCCUCAGACAGUUAUCCCUGUACUUUUGUUUGUGGGCAUAGUUUUUAUCCCGAUUGGCCUUGGUUGCAUUGCAGCAUCAAAUAGGGUUGUUAAAGUGGUCUAUCAAUAUGAAACUUCAUGUGUACCAGGAUACAUGAUUGACAACAAAAUUGCCUAUAUCCAAAAUCCUUCUAUAGAUAAGACCUGCACGAGGAUUCUCAAGGUUCCUAAGGAUAUGAAGCAACCAAUCUACAUAUAUUAUCAACUCGACAAGUUUUACCAGAACCAUAGAAGGUAUGUGACGAGCCGUAGCGAUAAGCAGCUGAGAAGUCCUAACGAGGUCAACAACACAGAGUCUUGCAAACCUGAAGCUACUGAGCAUGGAAGCCCCGUUGUCCCCUGCGGACUCGUAGCUUGGAGCCUGUUCAACGACACGUACAGCUUCGCUCGCGGCAAUGAGGUGCUGAUGGUUCACAAGCGAGGCAUUUCAUGGAGGAGCGAAAGGGAGGACAUUUUUGGGAAGCAAGUGUUUCCGAGGAAUUUUCAGAAUGGGACUCUAAUUGGUGGGGGCACACUUGACCCAAGAAUACCUCUGAGCAGGCAGGAGGACCUGAUCGUCUGGAUGCGAACCGCGGCGCUGCCAACAUUCCGGAAGCUGUACGGGAGGAUCGAGGUGGACCUCCACGCCGACGAGCUCACCGUGACUCUGCAGAACAACUACAACACGUACAACUUCGGCGGGAAGAAGACGCUGGUGCUGUCGACCGCCGGCGUGCUGGGAGGCAAGAGCGACUUCCUCGGCCGCGGGUACGUGGUCGUCGGCCUCGCCUGCCUCGCGCUGGCGAUGCUCCUGACGCUGCUCUACCUCGCCUUCCCACUGAAAGAGGAGCAUCUGGCGCUGCGGUACCCUUUGUCCGGCAGACCUGCACGGUGACCACGCAUGCCUAGAUCACGUACAGAUUGAAGCCGUUUCUUUUUCAGGCUUGGAUUCGGUUGGUGAUUCCUUGCAGGGAUCCAACGAAGAAUAACAGCUACAGAGCUGCGUCGUGUAUAUAUGCAUCCGACAGUAUAUUUACAUGCCACUGCCGCGCGUGCGGUUUGUACAUGUCUGAAGUUGGUUUGCUUCCCGUACAUUCAGAUUCAGACAUGUUGGCUGCCUGCUUACAUAUUUCAGAUUGAGCAGAUUCAAAUGCAUCAAGCAGUAUACAGAUUCAAUCGACA